CACACUUUAUAUCCGAUGUGUCCCGUGCUUCGACAGACAAAGUGUCUCAGCCAACUUAUUGAACACAUGUGACAUGUCUCUUGCAAGUCAUCAUACCACCAAUGAAUGCCUUACUACCCGACACACACAAACCCUUUCACACACACACGGCUUCAACCACUCAGCCACCACGUCUCUCUACAUGGCCCAACCGACAAUCUCGACAUCCGUCGCGUCCUUGCCGUGCUGCCCCUCGCCCUUGGACUUCACACCAGCCGCAGGGCCUUUCCUCGCCUUCUUCGUCUCCCGCAGGUGAUGCUGAUACAACUUAACCGCAGCAUGGGCAUCCUCUGUCGAUGACACACCACACCAGACCACACCAGACCGCACCACAAGACACACAGAGAUCGGCAUCUCAUCUCUUUCCUGAAUGCAGGAUGCCGGGUGUUCGGGCAGGCCCACCGACCGAUGCUGUCAUGCACGCCGUUUCGGCGCAGCGUGAUACCCAGUUCCUUCUUGGCGAGGCUCUGGAGGGACGGGAGCUGCUUCCGGCUGUGCGGGUAAAGCCGCUGCGUGUCCGCCCAUUGGAUGCCCUCGUCAUCAGCAUCGAUCUCAAGUGCCUGAUGGAGGGAGAGAGGGAGGGAGGGAGGGAUACGACAACACACCAUGUCCGUGUGGAUGCGCGGGUCGGAUACUACCUGCCUGGAAGUCAUGGUGGAUGGCGUGCCCAACAACCAGCGCGCCCUUCAUCGCGAGCAGAGCUCUCGUGCGGGCCUCAUCGAAGCUGAUCCCUGCAGCCAGCCAAGGCGUACCGACAGAGAGGAACACGAAGGAUGGAUGGAUGGGCCAUCGCUCCCUCCCUCCCUCCCUCCCUUGUUCCUUGCCUUGUUUGAGCCGGCCGAGUGUUAGUCCAGUGAUGGAUGACCGCAGGUCGGACACGUACGACCGAGGCCGCACCACCUGCAUGCCAACACGCAUCCUUGAUUCACUCAUGCACAUAUCUGCCCCCCGGUUUGUUUGUGACUGCAACCCUCACCUCGUCCAUGACGAUGCGGCCCGCGUCGUCACAGAUGGAUAUCCUCGCGAGCUCACUAGUCGCCCCAUUUGGACCAACACCCACCUGUACACACAACACGACACACACCGAGAACCAUCAACCACAAACCUCUCGCCUUGUGUGCCUCAGUAAGUGACCGACCAUACCAUCUCACAGUCGAGCCCCAGAACGCUCUUGCCGCCCAUCUUUCCCUUCUUGUCCGGCCGUCUGGCGCCGGACGAUGAUGCACGCUGCUGGUGCUGGUGCUUGGGUCGGGCUCCAUCGUGAGAAUGCUUGGCCGCGUCCUUCCUCUUGAGGGACUGCAUGGCGGCCUUGAGCUUCGAGAUCACGUCAUCCUUCUUGACGACAGAGGCUGGAUCUCUGUGGGGACGAUCACGAUCCUGCUUGUCUGUGGCGUCGUGACGUCGCUUCUUCUUGCUCUUCUUGCCCAUGGAUGACGUGAGAAGUGCGACAGAUGCCCGUGCCUGCAAACAACUCAUCAAAGUGAUUGAUUGCAUUCAUUGGCCGAUGCGCACCCAUCCUAUC